AGUGACAGUCAAUGAACCCUCUAGCCAUGAUGUUAGUGUAUAUAAAAAUAAUUUGAGCACGUUUCUGUUUAAAUUUGUAAACAAAAUGUGUUAUUAAACCUCUUGUUUUCAUGAUCUCUACGGCAUUUUCUGUCCGUUUCUUUUACUGUCUAUGGUUCUGAUUCUUCGCGAUGGAGAUCGGAACGUUUCUUCCGCUGUUUCUGAUAGGGUUUGUUUCGUUGUAACACAUUCUGCUUCCGUUUCCAGGAUUUAUUUUGAAAAAGAAGCGGCAGUCAUGGAGGCAGAUCGUGAGAGCGGGGCAGAUUUUAGAGUAAAUGUCAAGUCGAAAAAACACGUUCGUGAACAGCUUGAAAAGUAUAAAGACUUAUUUAAAAAGUUGCUCGAUGGCCAAUGCCACAUUUCCGAGGAGGACAAAGCUAAAUUGCUGCAAGAAAUGGUUGUGAACUUUGAAUUCACAGUGCAAGAAAAUCUAGUUAUUGGUGGCUUGUCCUGGGACGAGGUGUCAGAGGAUUAUUGUGAAGACUAUGACAGCACAAUAAAUGACAUUCUGGAUGAGAAAAUAGUAGAGACUGCCUGCAAACGCAACUCUUACCCAAAGCAAAUACGCAACCAGGUUGUACGAUCAUUAAGAGCAGAAAGGAAACUUCUGGGUUUGUAUGAACAGACAGGUGAAGCCACAAGACCUAAAACCAGACCCAGCUCAAGACACUGCCAUCAGAAAUGUGUCAGCUGCUGCACCUGCCAAUGUUGAAACAAGCCA